AUGGGCAACCCAUUGCUCGACAUGCAACUCACCGGAGAAGCCGCGCACGAGAUGUUGACCAAGUAUGCGCUCAAACCGAACGAUGCCAUCUUGGCCGAAGGGAAACAGAACGAGAUGUGAGUUGCGAGUUGCGAGUUGCGAGUUGUGAGGUGCGAGUUGCGGGAGAGUGUUUGGCCGGCAAAGAGGCUCGGUCGCCGAUGCGGAGGUCGACGAACGUGCAAAGCGUAGCGCACGUUUCAUCCCGGCGUUUCAUCCCGGCGUGACCGCGACGGCGAUGAUGCAGAGAUGGGGCUGCGACCGUCCAAACGUGCGAGGAUUACUUUUCUGAUAAAACUCGCACUUUCACCAGCUACGAGGACCUGCGAAAGAACCACAAGGUGACCUACGUCGCCGGCGGCGCGGCCCAGAACUGUGCCCGCGGAGCUCAAGUACGUCACUUCCACUCCACAAACCCAACCACCCCCAACAACCAGACUAACCCUUUUGUCCUCGUUAGUACGUUCUGCCCGAGAACUCGACCGCCUAUCUCGGUGCGGUCGGCAAGGACGAUCUCGCCGAUCAACUUCGUGCCGCGAAUGAGAAGGAGGGUUUGGCGUCCUAUUACCAGGUCGUAGAGGAUAAGCCCACGGGCGCAUGUGCGGUCAUUAUUACGGGACAUGAUCGGUGAGGUGCCGAUCCAUCUGUGGAGUGAACGCAAAGCGGGGCGCAGGCGUGCAAACGCUCUCCACCGUUCUCCUCCUCUCCGGCAUUCAGACUUGAAUAUCACCCCCACUAAACGCCCCCUUCUUUCCCCCACCCAUUAGUUCCCUCUGCACCACCCUAGGAGCCGCCGAAUCCUUCUCCCCCUCCCACCUCGACACACCCGAGGUCAAGUCCCUCAUCAACAACGCCAAGUUCUUCUACCUCGGCGGUUUCUUCCUCACCCAUGGACUCGAGUCCGCCUUGAAGUUGGCCAAAUUGGCCGUACAGAAUGACAAGGUCCGUCAUCAACGUAAAAAUCGAAUCUGCGGGGGGAGGUGUUGUUUUUUGGGUACUGAAACCGCUCGAUCGUCAAAUUUUUUCACGUUCGUUUCGUUCGUUCUCACGUUAGCCUUUCACGAUGAACCUUUCGGCCCCCUUCAUUCCUCAAUUCUUCAAAUCCCAAGUCGACGAAAUACUUCCUUACGUAUCCAUCUUAAUCGGUAACGAAGCCGAAGCCGAAGCCUACGCGCUUUCUCACGAAUGGGAGAACCCCAAAGAUAUCGCGUCUGUCGCUUUGAAGCUUAGUCAAAUCGAAUCCAAAACGGGGGGUCAAGGUAGGAUCGUCGUGAUCACUCAAGGGAGUGAACAUACGAUCGUAGCUAGGGAGGGAAAGACCCAACUGUUCAACGUCGAUAAAUUGGAUGAGGGCAAGAUCGUGGAUACGAAUGGGGCGGGGGAUGCGUUCGCGGGUGGUUUCUUGGGGGCUUAUGCGAGUGGUAGAUCGUUGGAGGAGAGUAUUGAGGUGGGUCAUCGGUUGGGCGCGAUGAAUGUUCAACUGAUUGGGCCAACUUUCAAGUUCCCCAAAGAGAAGAUCAUGUAA